AUGUCCACCAAAAGGACGUUGUUCAUCGACGAGGCCAGCGAGACCCCUGGAAAGAGGGCCAACGUCUUGUCAGCAGCUCAAGCGGCGUAUAUGACACGUCGAUCACCCCAAAGUCCAAAAAUGGGCGGCCGGCUUGAGGCCAAGGACACAGAAACCACCCAAGACAUCGGGCAUGUGGGUAUUGAGGCGCUCUUGGAAGAGAUAGAGGCCACACAGCUGUCGUUUCAGCCGCUCGACAACAACGAAGAGCACGAGGGACCCGAAGACGAAAACAUCGACGAGGCCAUCUUCUUGACUCCACAGGAGAGUCGUGAAGUUGUGUCUUCCACCACCACCACCGCCACCGCCAGAUCCCGAAAAGACCUCGGCAAUAUCGCCAGCAUCUUGAACCACACUCAAAGGGUUCUCGACGAUAUCUUUCGGUCGCUUUCAUCACCCCACACGCCUCAAGACCAAGUCGUCAACGGUCCCGAGUGGUAUACUCCAGAGCAUACUCCUAAUGAUGUUUUUGUCACUCCCGGGGAACGAAAGGAUCAGUCCCCAAAGGCCCUGUCAGCCACAAAGUCACUGCAAUCCACAAUAAUCACCCGCCAUAGCGACAUCUUUGCUGUACCGCUGCCUCUGCGUCCCCGUGCGGCUGUGAAUGAUCUCUGGACCAAGGGAACCGACCCAGCCGUGCAGUCCCUGAGGUCUAUGAAGGACUUCGCCCAGUACCAUAGCCGGCCCAAGGUCCACUUUUUAUAG